CUGGCGCAGCAUUUCAGGGCUUCAUGGGAUUACUUAUUCACUGUGUUCCUGGAACCGUUCCAGGCUUCCCAGCUCUGCCACCAGUGUACAAAUUCAUCAAGUACCCACAAGGCUCUCCCCAGAGGCAAGAGCAGCCUGUAGGAAGGUGAUUCAUGUUGCAAAUUGGUGUCUCUGAAGGACCGGCAGGGCUCCGGGAAGACUGAACCGGUAUCCUCGUCCCUUCUAGCUCCCUGACGCUCGGGCAGGGUGAUUAAGGCAGCAGCCACACUCUGGAUGGAUUUCAUUGCUGGGGCCAUCGGAGGUGGCCUAAGCACAGCCGUGGGUUAUCCACUGGACACAGUAAAGGUGAGAAUUCAGACUGAGAACCACUACAGAGGAUUUUGGCACUGUGUCCAGGAAACAUACAGGAGAGAAAAGGUCCCGGGAUUUUACAAAGGUGUGACUGCAUCAGUCCUCGCUGUAUCUGCGGUUUCUUCUGUUUCCUUUGGCGCAUACAAAAACUUCCUCUGUACCAUCUGCAAGCUGCGAUACGGGGCUGCAGAUGCCAAGCCGUCCAAGCUGGAUGUUUCCCUUGCUGGAGCUGCUGCCGGCGCUUCCCGGGCUGUGUUGACAAACCCUAGCGAAGUGGCCAAAGUUCGGAUGCAGACUCAGAGGAACCCACACCCUUCCAUCACACAUCAGCCUGCUUCCAAGCCGAAGUACCGAGGGUCUCUGCACUGUCUGAAGGUUAUCAUCAAGGAGGAAGGUUUUGGGGGUCUCUACAAGGGCUGUUCUGCAUUACUCUGCAGGGAUUGCUCUGCUUCUGCAAUAUAUUUCCUUUCCUAUUCUGCUGUGUGCGACUGGCUCACACCAGAUGGGAGAAAUAAACCAGGUUUUCUCGUUGUGCUGCUUGCUGGUGGUUUUGCUGGAGUCCUGGCCUGGGGAUUAGCUACUCCCAUGGACGUCAUCAAAUCACGCAUGCAAACAGACGAAUCGGACCAGCACAAGUACAAAGGCCUGAUCCACUGCGUGAGGGAAAGUGAUUAAAACUCAUCAGGGAUGCUUCAUAUACAGCCUCCCUUUUAUCUCGUUAAGUGAGAUGAACAAAAUGAGCUGAUUGAGGAAAAUGUAAUGAACCACGCCUGAUAACAUUUCAACAUGCCUUUGGAAACUGCCUUGUCUUGACCUUUAAAUGCCUCUGGGAUGUGAACUGUAAUUAACAACAGGCUCAGGAAUUCACCAAGACUUCACUGAGAAACUGUACCAUCUCAGAAGCAUCUUGGUAUGAAUUCAUCAGAAGACUUGAAAACACUGCUUGUUCAGCAAACAAAUACGAAAUAGUUUUGCUAUCACUUUCCUUUCCAGCACUUUCAAAACAUAUUUCAAUUGUUGUUAUAAAAUAAACCAUCUGCUUAUCUAGAAUA